CCACGAGGGGGCAGGGCCGUUGCGCCACUUCCGUCCAUACAGGAACCCAAGAUGGCUGCGCUGUUGUUGAGGCACGCUGGCCGCCCCUGCCUCCGAGCCCGCCUUGGUCCUCAGCUCUGCAUCCGAAAUGCGGUUCCUUUGGGAACCACGGCCAAAGAAGAGAUGGAGAGAUUCUGGAACAAGAACCUUGGGUCAAACCGCCCCCUGUCUCCUCACAUCACCAUCUACAGGUGGUCCCUUCCCAUGGCGAUGUCCAUCUGCCACCGCGGCACUGGGAUAGCCUUGAGUGCAGGGGUCUCUCUCUUCGGCUUGUCGGCCCUGGUGCUGCCUGGAACCUUCGAGUCGCACCUGGAGCUGGUGAAGUCGCUGGGCCUGGGGCCGGCGCUGAUCCACACGGCCAAGUUCGCUCUCGCCUUCCCUCUCGCCUACCACACCUGGAACGGGGUCCGGCACCUGAUGUGGGACCUGGGCAAGGGCCUGAAGAUCCCGCAGCUCUACCAGUCGGGUGUGGUGGUCCUGGUUCUCACUGUGCUGUCCUCCGUGGGUCUGGCGGCCAUGUGAGCAGCUCGAGGCCCCGCUCCGUCCUCCCGCAGAUGAUUGAUUAGGGGGCCUGACUUCCUGUUGUCACCCUCCCUCCAGCCGGGGCAGCGUCUCCCGGUGUGUCCGACCCUCUUGUGCUUGCAGUUGCCCUUGAAGCUCAGCAGCAGAGCCCCUUCGAGAAGCACAGCCGGGGAGCGGGGCCGUUUCCCUUGCUCCUAAAGGUGGAGUAACACAGAGACUCUCUUUUCCUGCCCCCGCGUACCGCCGGCUCUCGUCCUGGGGGCCCCUUCCCUCCUUGGUUUGUGCUGAGGGUCAGCUCUUGGCUCCUUCUUCCUGGGGCAGUGGAAACAAAGCCAGCUCUGUGGCCCCUGCUGUGGGGACUGCGGGUGGGGCUCCGGGUGCCACUGCCUGUGGGCUGCUGGCUCACAGGACAGUCCUGCCUGGGGUCUCCCGCACCCACUCGGUGGGGGCUGGGGAGGAGGCUGGUCCCAGCUGGAGGGGGUGAAGAGGGUGAGUUGGCUCUCGGAGGGUGUGCUUUGGGGAGAAGAUACAUAGUUUUUGAUCAAGAGAAAGAUCCAGAAGGUUAUUGUUGAACCUGUGGUUAUUUUUUUUCUUGCAGUUUCAGAAAAACAAGCCUCUUAUUGUCAUGUUUUCUAAUCCAAAUUCAUGUGAUUUUUCUGAGAUUGAUUAAAAAACUCAUGUCA